AUGAUUCGCGACCCGUUCGACAUCCACCGAAAGAACCUCUUCCAAACCACAGUUCGGCGUGCUGUCGACAACGUACGAGACACGGCAGCCCAGGUUGGCGCCAAUGCGCUAAAGAUGCCCUUUUCGAUACCGAAGAACGUCCCCAACUUUGAGGAUCCGCACCGCCGCCUCGAAGACACGGCCUGGGCCAAGGUCUCGGGGCGCGGCGGCGGCGGCGGCCUACUGUCCGACGUGCAGCACCGCGUCAACGGCCUCUUCGAACCGGACGAACUGCCCAUGUACAAGGACAAGCCGUACUACCACGGCGGUGGGCGACACAGGCGAUGGUAUCGCAAGAAGCGCGUGGUUGGGUCGCUGGCCAUCGCCCUCGUGAUCCUCCUGCACAUCCUCGGCUGGCUGCCCUGGCAGUCAUCGCGGCCCAAGGCGGCGCGCGGCAAGUCGGCGUGGGGCUUCAUGGGAAUCUCCAAGAACGAGGUCGUCGAUUGGGACCACAGACGAGCUCAAGUGGUGGAAGCGUUUGAGCUCAGCUGGGACGCCUACGAACGUUACGCAUGGGGCUACGACGAAUUCCACCCAAUCUCGAAAUCUGGAAAAUACAUGGCGCCCAAGGGCAUGGGUUGGAUCAUUGUUGACUCCCUCGACACCAUGAUGCUCAUGAACCUAACGUCACGACUGGAGCACGCCAGAGAAUGGAUCUCGAACUCGCUGACUUGGGACCAGCACCAAGAUGUCAACACAUUCGAGACGACAAUUCGCAUGCUGGGCGGCCUGCUCUCCGCCCACUGGCUCUCGACGACGCACCCUGAACUCGCACCGAUCACUGAGGACGACCCUGGCAAGCCAGGCGAGGAUCUGUACCUCGAAAAGGCUGCCGACUUGGCGGGCCGCCUCAUGGGGGCAUUCGACACACCGUCGGGUAUCCCCUAUGCCAGUGUCCAGCUGGAUGACUCCAAGGGUAUACCCUCCCAUGGCGACAUGGGCGCCAGCUCCACGGCGGAGGCGACCACGUUGCAGCUCGAGUUCAAGUACCUGGCCAAGCUGACAGGAGAGACCAACUACUGGGAUGUUGUCGAAAAGGUCAUGGCCGUCAUCGACGAUAACAACAUGCCCGGGGGACUAGUACCCAUUUACAUUUAUCCCGCCAAUGGCGAGUUCCGCGGCGAAAACAUUCGCCUAGGGAGCCGAGGCGACUCGUACUACGAGUAUCUGAUCAAGCAGUACCUGCAAACCAACAAAAAGGAAAAAGUAUACCUCGACAUGUGGAAGGAAUCCAUGGUCGGCAUCCGCAAGCACCUGCUGACCUACAGCGAGCCCUCGGGCUUCACCAUCGUCGGGGAGCGCCCGAGCGGCCUGGACGGUGCGCUGCUGCCCAAGAUGGACCACCUGGUGUGCUUCCUGCCGGGCACCAUCGCGCUCGCCGCGACCGAGGGCCUCACCGAGGCCGAGGCGCGCAAGCUGCCCACGUGGACGGCGCAGCACGACGAGGACAUGAAGUUUGCGCGCGAGCUGAUGCAGACCUGCUGGGGCAUGUACAAGUACAUGGCCACGGGCCUGUCGGCCGAGAUCACCUUCUUCAACGUCGCCGACCCACCCGCCGCGCCGGACGCGCCGCACCGCCCCCCGGCCGACUUUGACGAGGACCCGCACGCGCGCUGGCGCCGCGACUACAGCGUCAAGCCCAACGACGCGCACAACCUGCAGCGCCCGGAGACGGUGGAGAGCCUGUUCUACAUGUGGCGCAUCACGGGCGAUGUCAAGUACCGCGAGUGGGGCUGGGAGAUGUUUACGUCCUUUAUGAACCACACGGCCGUGGAGGAGCAGGGCGGCUUCACGAGCCUGGACGACGCCAACGUGGUCCCGCCGCGCGUGCGGGACAACAUGGAGAGCUUCUGGCUGGCCGAGACGCUCAAGUACAUGUAUCUGCUGUUCUCGGACAACAGCCUGAUGCCGCUGGACAAGAUCGUGUUCAACACGGAGGCGCACCCGCUGCCGCGGUUCGACAUGGGCGACUUGUUCAGGACAGGAUGGGAGCGCAAGCCGCGCGACGCGCACGGGAACAUUAUCGGCAAGGUCAAGACGAAGCCGACGGCGGAGUAA